AUGGUUUCUUUCAAAUGUCAUAUCGCAUAUUCCACUGUGCUAACAUCGCCCUUCCCUCAUGAGAAACAAGCUUUUCCAGUUCCAAGCAGUGUCCUCGUCAAGUGGAUCCCAACUGCCGACAUGUUACUACUAAACUGCACCAAGUUAGAAAUCAAAGAAAUGUUAGAACAAGCAACAUCAUCCAUUCUAGCUCCCUCAUGGAAGCUCUUCAUCUCAAUCCUCCUUCGACUCGUCAUGACUUGUUUCAUCAUUGGAGAGUUUGUGCCACUACCCAUUUCAAACAACAAUUACAUCAAAACGUUAUACUUGUUUAUUGCAUGGGGCGUGUCGUUUCAAUUUGACAUUCGUGUGUAUGAAUUGUGUUUUUGCAUGUGUGUCAAUGUCUUGUUCAUUGCACUCAAUUACAAUGCCUUGUCGAAAGGAAUCUUUCAAUUCACUUCACAAGAUUUCUUGUUGCAGCCGGUGUGGGAAUUUUUCAUGUGGGGAUUCUAUGUGUUGCAUGCCAUGAGAAGUUUGGGAGAUUGUUCGUGCUCGAGUGUGAGACCAAAGAAGCGAGAAAUUCUUAUCAUUGGAGUGUCGUUGUUGGCUUUUUCGAGUGUUUUUGGAAUUUUUGACAACAUGUGGGUGUUAUCGAGCAUGUCGUGUUUGGUGGUGUUCAUAUGCAAGUGCUUGUUAUCGAUGGACGACGACAACAAUACUGUAUCAUCAUCUCCACACAAGGAUGUAAAGUUUGUCGUGUUUUUCAUGGUCAUGGGAUUGUGUAUUGAAUGGACUGGUGUGUCAAGAGGUCAAUGGAAAUACCCACAGAAUCAAUUGAUCUGGGAGAAUUUUCCAAUUCCAUUGUGGUUCGUUGGCAUGUGGGGAGGAAUUGGAUUCUUUCUGUAUCGAGCCGCUUUGCCUUUAAUGUGGUGGGUGGUUCGUUUGUUGCAGAAACCUAAAAACAAGCCACCUCAAUGA